CCCUACUGCUCGAAAAGAAAAAUCAUUUAACUCGAAACGUCCCACUUCCCUAUGCGGGGAAAAAAAUAAGACAAAAAUAAGGAAGGAAAAUGCAGGCUGCUCUUUCCUCCUGCACCGAAAAUUCCAGCCACAGAUCCUCCUUCCCUAAUCUGUUUCUCGUCGGCUGAAAUCCAAUUCAACGCUCGCUCUCCCUCGCCGCCUCCGUCCGCGAGGUGAUCGCCGCCGUUUCUCUGAUUCAUCUUCCAUGGCCGCCAAUUCUCAGCCCGCAGGCGGUGGAGCUCCUCCGAAACCUUGGGAGCGUGCAGGGCCAUCAUCGUCUGGUCCAGCACCUUUCAAACCUCCGUCAGCUGGGAGCACCAGUGCUGUCGUUGAAGCAUCUGGUACUGCAAAACCAGGUGAAAUUGUUCCACCUGGCAAUAACAAUGCAGUGGCGAAUGCAAACCCCAACCAACGGCCUGUACCAAACAGGCCGUGGCAGCCACAGACAACGCAGUAUGGAGCAGGAGGGUAUGGUAUGAGUAAUUCAUAUGGAAUGGGAGGUGGAUACAGUAGCAGUUUGUAUGGAAACAACAUGUACAGAGGGGGAUAUGGUGGUUUAAGUGGUGGCGGAAUGUAUGGCGGUGGCGGAAUGUACGGCGGUGGCGGGAUGUAUGGUGGUAGCGGGAUGUAUGGUGGUUAUGGAAACCAAAUGGGUGGUGGGUAUGGAAUGGAUCCUUAUGGUCAGCAGCAGAAUCCUGACGAUGUUCCUUCUCCUCCUGGCUUCUGGAUUUCUUUCCUCCGUGUGAUGGCAGGUGCUGUGAAUUUCUUUGGACGAGUAGCAAUGCUGAUAGACCAGAAUACUCAGGCAUUCCACAUGUUCAUGAGCGCUCUUCUUCAGCUGUUUGAUCGGUCUGGAAUGUUAUAUGGCGAGCUGGCCAGAUUUGUUCUGAGAAUGCUCGGCGUGAAAACACCAAAAAAGGUCGACGGAUCAGCACCUCAGGGGCAACAGAGGCAGCAGCAACAGAACCAGGGUCCUAAAGCUGGCGGAGGAGGAUGGGACAAUGUCUGGGGAGACGAGAACAGCAGCUAAGUACAAGGACUUGGUCAACUGUAACCCGUUUUCGACCAUGGAAGAGAAAUUUGAGCAAGAACAAUGAAAGAGAUGGGAAAAAAGGAGUCCGUUGGGCGUCAUCAUGGCUCGGCAGGCAUCGAAUCCCCGGCACAGUGCAAACAGCGCUACUUACUACACUACAGUAGAAUGUCUGCUUGAUUGAAUAAAAUAAACUCUAGUACAUACAUAUGCAUAUUAUGCAUUCUCUAUCUCUCUCGUUUAUCAUUGUGGCCUUUACCAUCUGUGUGUGCUCUCUGAAUAGGUAAGGAUUUCUCUAAGCAUUGAUAUUUGUACUGUUGUGAAAAUGUGUACCAUCAUUGAGUGAUUUAAAGAAAACAAGAAGAGAAAGAUUGGACUUUUGGAGUGUAUUACGUUGUUAUUCUUAAUUAAUACCGCCCCUUGAAGGCGAUGUGCGUUUUUUAAUGCAUCAACUAGU